UAUGAUUAGAACAAUAGUUAUCAUUGCAUUUGUGUGUAUUUUCUUCUCGUGUAUGCCGUAUCCCCUCGCAGCCGACAGUGUCAUCAACAAAUUCGCCGACACCCUGCAGUCAAGCGUCAAACCGUCGCUCAAAACCUGCCAGUCUCAAACUGGCGCCACGAAAGCCGACCUUGAAUCCCUGAAGAUGAGAAAGGUUCCUAGAACCAAAACGGGGCGCUGUUUCCUGCAAUGUCUUUUCAAUAGUGUCAAGCUGAUGGAUGACGGAAAAUUUAGCAAGCAGGGAAUGAUCAUUGCUUUUUCGGCUGCCAUGAAGGGCGACUUGAGCAAAAUCGGCAAGUUGAGGAAAUUGUCGGAGGUGUGCGAAAAGGAGAUAGGAGGGAAGAAGUACGAGAAUUGCGAAGUGGUCCAGAAAAUCGUGGAGUGUGUGGCGAAGAAUGGUCAGGCUUAUGGUAUCGAGUUCAAGCAUGAUAAAAUGUAAAAUUUGUUGGAGUCUCGCUUGUCAUAAAUCGAAUAAAACACUGCGUCUUUUGGUUUAUCAAAUACAUAAUUAGAUUUAAGCACAAAUGAAAAUAAUAAUAAGCAAUAUUUUUAGUUUUUAAAUAAAUACAAGGUGAUAUCUAAGAUGAGCACACAACUG